AUGAAUCGUAUUGACCGCAGUAUUUGUGAGACUAAUGUGAGUUCGUUGCGAGUGCAAGUGGUAGUGCUCUGUGAUUUCAUAGUGAUAUAUGUAGAAACAAUAUACUAUGACAUAGUGCUGCAUAAAGAUUCGGUGGAGGCGAGAGAUGAACCACAUAAGUACACGAUAGAAGAAUUAUUAUCAACGAGUUUCGAGCCAAAAGACUCAGGAGAUCUGGGAAUGGAUCCUUGUAAAGCUGAUAACUUCCAAGGUGACAUCGCGAUACCUAGUGUAGACUACAGAAAGCCUCCCAAUAGCGCGCCAAUAACAAAAAUUAACAAAUCACUCCAAGAAGAAGUAGAAAGGCUUAAGAAAGAAGUACUUCUGGAAGGACUGCAGGUGGAAGAGGAGGGCUUACCUGAUAUUCUGAGAAAGAGAACGAAGCAACCAAUACCAUUAUCCCAGGAUAAACCGAAGAAGUACAACGAUGCUGUGUUAAUGUCGAAGGUUUUACCUCCAGGAUUUGAUAAAUCUUUUUUAUUAAAAAAUGGUAAACUACCUACAGAAGAGAUAUUAGGUAUUUUAACAAAUACCUCAGUUAAUGAAAACCACACCAACCAUACGGUACAGAACAACCUCACCGAGUCUGAGAGUUUAGAGCAAGACGGAGUUUUAGUAGUUAAAGUGUCCACUGAUAACAUUCUUAACUUAGAUGAGUUAUAUCCUCAUAUUCAAAUAUCUAAUACGUCAAACAAAAUGGAUGAAAUCACUAAUAAAAUCCAGAGUAACAGUAGAGAAAUAACUGGAGAUUCAAAUAAUAAUUUAAAAUUAAAAGGCUUACCAGAAAAUAUAACUAUAGCGCCUGCUCCAACAAAUGGUUUUUUAUCAACAAGUGAUCAAGAUGACGAUAAGUUGAUAAACAAGACAGACUUAGAAGCUGAAGGAAAAUUAGUGGAACCAAACCUUUUAAGGCCUACAGAAAGUCUUCAAAAUUUGAUGGAGGGCCCUGCUAGACGAAACGUUCGUCGGAGAAGACGGAGACACGGUAAUGGAAGACGGUUAAGAAAUAUACAUUCAAGCGAACGAAUAAACCAAAAUAAGCUCAAUUUAUCAGAGAAUAAAACGGAUUCUCAUUUCGUGAGGAAGAAGUUUUUUCGUCACCACAAGAAGCACAACAGCGCAGAACAUAGACUUGAUAAGAAAUUCGAAAUACCUGAACAUGAGUUCGAAGAAAGAUUCGAACUAAAAGCACCUCCUAAGAACAAUUUGAAUGAAACUGAAUCUCAGAAUUUCAAUGACUGGUUUUUUCGUGAUGACGUAGAAGAUUUAGAUGCAGUUGAAACCAGUUUUUAUAAUAGCACUGAGACUAAGAAGAAGCACCGCUCCAUACGUGCAGCUACCAACCGCAAGGAAAGAAUAUGGGAAAAUGGAGUGAUACCGUAUGAGAUAGAUGGGAACUUCAGUGGUGCCCACAAGUCCUUGUUCAAACAAGCUAUGAGACAUUGGGAGAACUUCACGUGCGUCAAGUUCGUGGAAAGAGAUGCAGAUUUACAUAGAGACUAUAUAGUAUUUACGGAAAGACCUUGUGGGUGCUGCUCUUUCGUUGGUAAACGAGGCAAUGGUGCCCAAGCCAUUUCCAUUGGCAAAAACUGCGACAAAUUCGGCAUAGUUGUCCAUGAGCUGGGUCACGUGGUCGGCUUCUGGCAUGAACACACGAGACCGGAUCGAGACCGCCACGUGCAAAUCAUAAGGGACAACAUUAUGCUCGGUCAAGAAUAUAACUUCAACAAGUUGACAGAAGAAGAAGUAAACUCUUUGGGACAGACAUAUGAUUAUGACUCUAUUAUGCACUAUGCGAGAAACACGUUCAGUAAAGGGACAUAUCUAGAUACUAUACUACCACUAGAAGUCCAUGGAAAGAAGAGGCCAGAGAUUGGACAGAGAGUGAGACUGAGUGCUAGUGAUAUCGCACAGACUAAUUUGUUGUAUAAAUGUGCCAAAUGCGGUAGGACGCUAUUGGGCAACUCGGGGUGGUUCAACUCACCCGGAUGGGGUACGGAGACACCCCCAGUGACCAGUGAACGGUGCGAAUGGAGGAUUGUAGCCACACAUGGAGAAAGGGUGGUCCUCAAUAUUACAGAAAUCGACAUCCACAAGUCGGAAGAAUGCCGUUCAGAAUGGGUUGAAGUCCGAGAUGGUUACAUGCCUGAUGCUCCAGUUCUUGGCAGAAUAUGUGGCUCAGGAAAAGGUCCAAUGAUGCGGUCCACUGGGUCCAGGUUGACAGUUGUAUAUCAACCGGGUCCAAGGCCUAAACCACAUAGAGGUUUCAGGGCGUUCUAUGAAGCUGUUUGUGGUGGUGACAUAGAGGUUGAUAGCACCGGACAUUUGGAGUCACCAAAUUAUCCUGACGACUACCAACCCAAUAAACUUUGUGUUUGGAGACUGUCUGUACCGCAGGAUUAUCAGGUAGCCUUAAGAUUUCACUCUUUCGAAGUAGAGAACCAUGACACGUGCUCCUACGAUAAGGUGAAAGUGAGAGACGGUGACUCUAUUGACAGUCCACUCAUUGGCAUGUUCUGUGGACACAAGAUACCUCCUGAUAUCAGGUCUACAUCAAACAAAUUACUGGUGAUCUUUGAAUCUGACAGCACAGUACAAAAGGCGGGCUUCUCAGCGACAUUUAUGAAGGAGUUCGACGAAUGCGCGUCUAUUGAGCAUGGCUGCAGCCAUUCUUGUGUCAAUACACUUGGAGGGUACGAGUGUGCCUGCGAUAUUGGUUACGAACUGCACUCCGAUGGGAAGAAAUGUGAAAAUGCUUGUGGAGGCUCUUUAUACGCACCAAACGGAACAAUCACAUCACCUUCAUUCCCUGAUCUCUACCCGCCUUCGAAGAACUGCUUGUGGGAGAUAGUCGCACCACCACAACACAGGAUUACGCUCAAUUUCACCCACUUUGAUUUAGAAGGAAACAACAUGUACCAACAGGAGUGUGAAUAUGACAGCGUUACGGUACAUUCGAAAUUAGGUGCUGAUGUAUUAAGAAGACAUGGGGUAUUCUGCGGUUCAGCACUUCCACCUCCUGUUACUUCAGACGGAUCUGUAUUGAGAGUUCAGUUCACAUCGGACGGUUCAGUCCACCGAUCCGGUUUUGCGGCGGCCUAUUACAUAGACGUGGACGAAUGUGCCGAGAAUAAUGGUGGUUGCCAACACGAGUGUCGCAACACACUCGGCGGCUACGAGUGCGCCUGUUACAGUGGAUUCAUGCUACACCCUAACAACCACGACUGCAAGGAAGGAGGCUGUAAACAUGACGUCACAUUACCCUUCGGUACUAUAAAGAGUCCGAACUACCCAGCAGCCUACCCACCAAGGAAGGACUGCGUUUGGCAAUUUUCUACUACUCCAGGACAUCGAAUUAAACUUAUCUUCCAGAGAUUCGAAUUAGAACCACAUCCCGAAUGCGCAUACGAUUACGUUACGAUAUAUGAUGGAGCGUCAGCAGAAGAGAAGACUUUGGGUCUUUUCUGCGGCAAUAGGCUCCCCCAUCCCAUAGUCGCAUCGCAGAACCAGAUGUACGUUGUCUUUAAAUCGGACGGAUCUGUGCAGAGAAGCGGCUUCCUAGCUAACCAUUCCACUGCUUGCGGCGGUUACCUCGCCGCAACAGACGCGGUUCAGCACUUGUAUUCACACGCACGUUACGGAGACAACGCGUAUGAGUCUCACGCCAACUGCGACUGGAAUAUAGAAGCUCCGAGAAACCACUUUGUCAAACUCACUUUCCUGACCUUUGAGUUGGAACCUGAAGCCAACUGCAGAUAUGAUUUCGUGCAGGUGUUUGGGGGACUUGACGGCAGUGGAGGGAAUUACGGAACAUUUUGUGGAACAAAGAUGCCACCAGAAAUAGUAUCAACAGCCGAAGCGUUACUCAUAAGAUUCCGAACUGAUGACUCCCUAGUCUUCAAAGGAUUUUCAGCAUCAUACCAGAUGGUGAAACCGGUCUGGAGUGAAGAAGACAGUGUGGAAGGUGCUGACUAUGAUGAAGAAGAGGAUGAAAGAAUGCCUCCAUUGGUGGUAGGUAGGCGAGGACUCCGCGCGCCUGUGCCGCGGUUUGUUCGGCGUCCCACGUGA